UUAAUUGGGUUGGGUGCUUACGUAAUUUGCGAUUGUUGAGCGUGUAUCUAUAUCUGGGUAGGUUUUUUAGAACUCAAAACUUUCGGUCUCUGAAUUUGAAAUUCUCUGCCUGUGCUGUUAGUGACAUGGAUGUGCAAUCCAUAUUUGGUAGCAAUCCGCUUUCGCCAUUUUCUGUUGGUGGGUUUUCUGUUCUCUGUCCAAGUUGCCACAAUCGCCAUAUGAAGUGUACAAUCUUUGGUUCCUUGAACCGCUUGAGGCAUAACAAGAAGGUAAAAAAUGAAGUCAAUGUUUUAGCAAUGGAUAAUGAGAGCUCGACCACAAGGAGCCCAACUGCUCCUAGAGCUGGAGAGGAACUUUCUGGUAAUUCAUACAACCAUAUGAUUCGUGAUUACUGUAGACGAGGAGAGAUUGAUAAGGCUAUGGCUCUUCUUGCUCAAAUGGAGGCCCUGGGAUUCCACCCAAGCUCCUUCUCUUACGCUUAUUUGAUUGAAGCUCUUGGAAGUGUUGGAAGGACUUUGGAAGCUGAUUGCUUGUUUCAAGAAAUGAUUUUUUUUGGGUUUGUGCCGAGAAUCAAGCUGUACAAUGUUUUGCUUAGAGGGUUUUUGAAGAAAGGCCUGUUAGGGGUUGGAGUUAAAGUUUUGAGGGUAAUGGAUGAUCUGGGUAUUCAAAGGAAUAGAGAAACAUAUGAGAUUCUGCUGGAUUACUUUGUCAAUGCCGGGAGGUUGGAGGAUACUUGGUCAAUAAUCAAUGAGAUGAAAAGGAGAAGGUUUAGGCUGCGUUCAUUUGUAUAUGGUAAGGUAAUUGCUCUUUAUAGGGACAAUGGGAUGUGGAAGAAAGCCAUGGACAUUGUGGUAGAGAUUAGGGAGAUGGGGCUUUCACUAGACAAACAUAUGUAUAAUAGUAUCAUUGACACUUUUGGGAAAUACGGUGAGCUAGAUGAAGCUGCGGAAAUGUUUAACAAGAUGAAACAAGAAAGUAUAGAACCCGAUAUAAUGACUUGGAAUUCUUUGAUAAGGUGGCAUUUUAAGGCUGGGGAUAUUAACAAGGCCAUUGACCUGUUCACUGAGAUGCAGGAAGAAGGGUUAUAUCCUGAUCCAAAGGUCUUUAUUACUAUUAUUAGCCGUUUGGGAGAGCAGGGGAAGUGGGAUUUGAUAAAGAAGAUUUUUGAAACUAUGAAAUACAGAGGGCAUAAAGGAAGUGGUACGGUAUAUGCUGUUUUGGUCGAUAUCUAUGGACAGUAUGGGAAAUUUCGGGAUGCCGAAGAGUGUAUAUCUGCUCUAAGGUCAGAAGGUCUUCUGACUUCAGCCAGCAUAUUUUGUGCCAUUGCCAAUGCUUAUGCUCAACAGGGACUAUGUGAUCAGACAGUUAAGGUGCUUCAGCUUAUGGAAGCAGAGGGCAUUGAGCUAAACGUUGUAAUGCUAAAUGUGUUGAUGAAUGCAUUCGGUAUAGCCGGUAGACAUUUGGAGGCUUUAUCCAUUUAUCACCAUAUACAAGAAAUUGGUCUAAGUCCCGAUGUUGUCACAUAUACUACACUCAUGAAGGCAUUUAUUCGGGCAAAGAAGUUCGAUAAGGUGCCAUACACAUUCCUUGGUAGCUUUAAUUGAUCACUUCCAUCUUUCUGCUUGAUGUGGGGAAGAUUAACAAUAAAAGUAUAAAAUUGAUUGAAGGUCCCUGAGAUAUACGAGGAAAUGGAACGUGCUGGGUGCACUCCAGAUAGGAAGGCUAGGCAGAUGUUGCAAGUUGCUAUGAUGGUUCUUCAACAUAGAGGCAUUUAACUUGGUCAUUGGACUUCCUAUUGUCUUUGAUGCUUUGAUAGUCCAAAGGCUGAGCAAAUGUGGAUGCAAUCUGAACGAGCAGUGUGAAGAGGUGGAAAUUCUGCCCCGUCUACUUCCUCAAAGACCAUAUGCUGGUUUUGCUGUGAGUAUGAGAUGUCCUCAGCCCGAUUCCUUCUCAAAAGAUUAGGAACUUGAGGCACCGGCCCUUGUGAUGCUCAGUGAUCCACCAUGCCUAUGAAAUUCUGCAUGGGAAAGAGUUCAGGAUCUAUGAUAUUCAAGAGCCACUAUGAAAGCUUUUUUUUACUGGAAUAUUGGGAAGCAUGCUAGCACGCAUGCUAGCACACAAGCUAGUUCUGUCAAAAACGCUACUAAACUUGCUAUGGAGGCUGUUGGUGGAACCGCGAAGGUAUGCACACAAUAUUUUGGUGCAUAACAAGGGCAAGGGAAUGGAUAUUAACCCUGAGGGAGUUGUGGAAGAUGAUGGGGGAAAGAAGAAACAGAAAACUCUGGUUUAAUUUACAGGGUGAAAGGUUGGAGUGGCAGAUUUGCUGGACGAGUUUUUGUCCAAUGAUGUUUUAGAAUUUGUUCUUAAUUGCUUCUUAACUCAAAAGUGGAGGGUGUUUUCAAAUUGCUUUUGAGAAUUAUAAGAUGGAAAAAAUUAACGGCAGAUCAGCCUGUUUGUCUACAACUCAGUCGUAGACAUCCUGUGUUCAAAUCUGCUGUUUAUUGGCGAGGUGGCAUUUCACUAUUGAUUUGCAGCAAUUGAUUCUAGGGAGAUUCAAUGUUGAUUUGCAACAUUGAAUCCGCUGCAAUUGGCAGUUGCUGUGGAGGUUGGAAGCCUGAAAACUUGUCACAAUAUUUUACAAGCUUGUCUUUGAGUAAAGGCCAUUGGAUGGUUUCACUCCCUCCAUAGAUUGAGGUAAGCAUUGGCAGAGAAAUAAGGGAUAAUUUCUUCAAGAGAGGGAAUGGUUUUGCUUCCUGUUCAGUACCAUCCUUCACAAUUACGUUCUCCAAUUUUGGACAAUUCUCCACAUAGAGCUCUUCCAACUGCGACAAACCUUGGAACAAUGCUGGAGGGAAAAUAUAUUUCAGCUUCCGACAGUCUUUCACUUCAACAACUCAAAGACUGUUCAACUUUGCAUGCUCCACAGGACCAUUCCAUAUGUGUUCAAGUCUAUACAAAUUGUUCAACUUCAAUUCUUUCAGUCUGGUCAAGAAGUAAGAUUGUGGCCUCGGUUCAUCAAACUUGAAAAGCUCUGACACAGGAUUUCCAUCCACUUCAACCCUUUCGAGAUUGUUGAGAUUCUUUAUCAAAGUUGAAGGAAGGAGAGGUUUAACCAAGGACAGGCACUGUUGCACACGGAAGAACUUCAGCUUUCCAAAAGAUCCUUCUGGUAGUUCACCGGGACAUAUCUCUUGGAAAUUAUCAUUGUGGUAUAUUAUCAAUGUUUCUAAGCUUUUGAGAAUAGGAUUUUCUUGGGAAGUUUGAUCUUGUCCGUGCACGAGAUGCGUUGCAUCUUCACAUUGCUCAAUCUGGAGAGACUUCAUUUGGCUAAACCUUUCUUUAUCUUGUUCAAAAAUACUAUUGAAUCGGGGACAACAAUGGUACCAAAGAUUCUCAACUCUGUUUGGUACAAAGUUUCUGAACCAUUCUGGUAAUGCAUAGAUGCCUAUGUUCAGAACAAAAGUUCUUCCUUGUGAACCUAAGUUUGCGGAUCUUGUAGUUUUAUCACGACAAAUGCAUAUAUUAAAUUGGUUCCAUCUUGGAGAGAAUCUGACUUCAUUUGGUAUGCAUUCUGAAUCAUCAAUAUCAAUCCUCAACACUGUCAACUAGCUCCACAAAGCUUGCAUUCUCUCCUUGGUUUCCACUUUUCCCCCAGUUGGCAAAGCUGAGUUGCAUGUACAACUCUUCUAAUCGAGACAAUUCUGAUAUCACUUUCGGUGGAAUCCUCUUAAGAUCCUUACACGAAUUGAGAUCUAAAACUCUUAAAUCUGUCAAUUGUCUUAAUUCUUCUGGCAAUGCCCUGAUGCCAGAGUUUCCAAGACUUAUCUUGAGUUUCUUGAGUUCUCCAAUUGUAGAUACGUCUGUCAAUUUGCAUGCAUUGAGUCUGUCAAUUUGCAUGCAUUGAGGGACAGCGCCCGGAGGUUUGUUAGCUCUUUAAUUGAUUCUGGAAGUUUGGUAAUUGCAAGAUUCUGACUUAAAUCCAACACUUUAAGUGCUUUCUUCUUUUCAAAAAAAUCCUCUGAAAUUGGACUUGCAUGGUGAUUAUUCUGCAGUAGCAACAUCUCAAGGUUAGUGUACUCUUCACCAUCUUGGACGAGGUCAAUUUCUUUGCACAUGAAAGAAACUGCUUUGUAGCUUUCAAAAUUCUCUGUUGGCCAGUCCUAAACCUUGUAGGCAUGUUCUGGCGCUGAUGAUAUUCUAAUUGCCUCAUGACGAAUGACAUCAUGCAUUUUUAUAAACCCCAUUCGAUCACCUUCUAACAGCAGAUGCAAAUCAAUAAGUUGCUUGGCAUGUCUAUCCACACCGUCUUGCAUCUUCUACUUUUCCCUCAAAAAAACCCAUCCCCUUACCAUACCUUAAAACAUCUUUCCUAAUGUUGAUAUCUUCAGCAAAAAGACAACAUAUCAGCAAGUAUCUCUUUGCUUCUUCAUCCUUCAAGAAAUUGUAGCUAAAUGUUACACAGUUUAAAAGCUUAUCAUCUUGAUCAACAAUUCUAAGAUGGGAUGCUUCAAGUUCUUGAGCUGCCUUUUUCCACUCUUCCAUACUUUCACCUCGGAGUGCACUUGCAACAAUUACGAGCGCUAUAGGAAGAUUUCCACAAUUUUCAGCUACAUUCCUUCCCACUUCCUCAAACUCCCGCGGCUCUGCAAAAUCUGUACCUGCAGCCCACUUAAACAGGAUCCAAGAAUCUGCUACAGAGAGAAGAUUCAGUUGGAUUCUUUCUUGGCACAUCAUGGUAUUACAGACUUUCUUAUCUCUACUGGUGAGCAAGAUUUUGGAUUCUUGGGUCUUGAGGUCUCGAACAGAUACUGGAAUUCAUAUCUCGGAUGAUUUUAGAGGACCCCAAAGAUCAUCCAAGAUUAUAAGAACUUUCUUCUGCCCCAUCAGUCUAGCACUCAGCUCAUCUGCUCUCCCUUGAUCAGUCUCUUUUGUUAAGUGAGAUUGAGUGAAUCUGUAAUUUGACCUUGAAUUCUUCUCACAUCCUGGUCUUGGGAAACAGUCACCAUAACCACACGGUCAAAAAGCUCCUGGUUUCAGCCUUUUCCCUUAGUUUUUCCAAAGAUGUCUUCCCCGAACCACCCAUUCCAUACACCCCAACAAUGAAAACCGUGUCACUUUUGAGUGCUUCCAGGACAUCCACCAUAGCUUUCCUUGUGGAUUCAAAUUCCAUUAGAUCACCUGUAAAAGUUGUUUGAGAAACCUGCAGAGUGGUACAUGGUGUGUCAAAGGUAUGGAAACUGCUUCCUUGAUCAAUUAUGUUGCGACCUUCUUUGGCCAUCUCCUUUGCUUUCUUGCUAUGUGCGUAGAAUGAAUAAACAUAGGCAAACCAUUUCUUUUUGGAUUUGAUUUCGCUAUCAAAAGUGGUCAUCUCCUUAAAUUUUUCAUCUGUUCUCUGUAUCCAGUCUUCCACUGCAGGAUUGAUUUGUCUUGUAUUUCUUUGGGGCUCAGAAAUGCGCGAUUUAACAGCCUUUAUAGUGGCUUCCAGACUAGUCUUCUCCUCCAUGAGCUUGUUUAUGUUCUUCUGGUAUUUAACAAAAUAAUGGAUUUGACGCAGAAUUGGGAUGCGAAAAGCUCCUACUGCUCCAACCAUCAGAGAGAAAGCAGUUAGUACAAUUGCUAAAGUUUCCAUUGCUAGCUCAAGUUGUACUCAAUCUUUAUCUUCUUCUUUUUUCUUUUUUUCUUUUUUGUUUCCUUGUCCUUUUUGUUGUUUCUCAAUGGUGCAUGUAAAUGCAGUAUCAGAGAGAUCAGAAAGAAUGGAAGACUUGUAUGUAUUUGCGAUCAGAUGGAGGAGGAGGAAGGUUGUUAUCAUAUUAUUUUUGACGAAUUUUCGAAGAAACAGGAAAUAAAGUUCUGCCAAAUCUUAAAUAUACAUAUUAUUCAUUUUCAA